AUGCUGCAAGAGAAGUUUGAAAUUGCAAUGGAGCCUCGUGAAACCGCUUUUGAUAUAGGUAUGAGAUAAUACAUGAUAGUUGCGCCCAAUAAUCACUAGGCGUCUUGGCAGGGCUAUAAAAUGUGCGCCUGGUUCACUGCUAUUUUAGGUAGAUCACAAAAGGCACCUCAUUAGUAUUCCAAUAAUUUUAACGCAUUAAUAUUCCAAUAAUCUUAUGGCGGCUUACAAUUAGUCACUAAUUAAUGUGUAACUAAAGAGUUUCCGCAUAUUAGCUACUUUUUACUGUGGGACUACUUGCCAUUCUUACCCAAAAUUGCUAAAUAUAUUAAACCUUCUACUAUUUAUGCAAUUUGCUAAAAAUGAGUACAGUAUAAACAAAUCAUAUUUCUAACUGAUUAAGGUAAAGCCCCGUUUAUACACUACGCUCAAUUUAUGGUAUACGGCACGGAUAAAAUUGGUAUCCGUACCACUUUUUUGGUUCUUGGACUACCUAAUUUAGGUAGUCCAAGAACCAAAAAAGUGGUACGGUACCAAAAAUUGAGCGUAGUGUAAACGUGACUUUAUUCAACGUUAAAGAUGAACUAAGCAUGCUCAUAUAGAAAUGGUGACUUUGGUGACCUGCAUAAGGACUAUUCAAAUCCCAACCCAGACAGUUCAGACAAGUGUGUUGCCCAUGGCCGAAACCUGUGUAGUUGACCUGAGCAUGCAGUGACUGUAUAGUCAUUUAUGCGAGACAGCCUGAAAAACAGUCUGAAUAGCAGUCUGGGGAAAAGCAGCUUUUGCCCAACAGCAGAUUACUUGUAUUUGUAAUUCCAAAUCUACUGUCUGGAUGCAGGCAAUUUCAUCAUUUUUUUCUCAAAGGGUCUAUAUUCAUUUAAAAGAACUUUUGGUUUCAAUUUAUCUUUGUUUAAAGAAACGUAAUAAAAGUGGCUUAUUUUUGCAACCGCAUCUGGGUGUAUUGUAAAUAUAUUUGUAUUUUGCACUAUAAAUAUCAAAUAUGCAUAGGCUAUAUCUUAUUUUGCGUUAUCUUAAAUUUUCUUGACAAAUUUAGGUAGUCUAGUUGGUCAAGGUUAUAACAUCUUAACCGAUAGAUCAGCCGCCACCCAAGUGUUCAAGUUUGAUGUUACCAAGACCCAAUACGGUAUUGCAAUUCCGAAGUGUGCGAAAUUUGAAAAGGUUCAGCAAACCAGAAGCUAUAUGGAUCAGUUUGAAAAUGAUGAAUCAUACACGGAGUCGAGGCUGAAGAAUCUUAAUGUAAGUAUGGAUGCCAAACCCAAGGUGCUGAUGACGGGUCACAGAGCUGGAUGUAAUAGGAACAAUUAUUCCACCUCGUCGGAAGUUUCUUUCUUGUUCGAACAGCGAAUGUUUGAAAUAAAGUUUGGAAACUAUGAGGAAUAUCUGGAUAAAGGCGUGACCUUCACAAAAGAUUUCAGGUCAGAUGUUGGAAAGCUACCAUGCACGUAUGACAAAAAUGAUCCCAGUUGCAGAAGUAGCUUCGAGAGAUUCUUCAAUCGUUUCGGUCAUUUUUUGGUAUCUUCGGCGUAUGGAGGAGGAUCAGUCGAAGUAAAAUGUAGCAGAGAAAUGGUUGGGAGCGCAACAGCGAGCUUAGCAGAAGCGAAGGCUGUCCUGACAGAAGCAUUUGAAGGGUUAGACGUACAUAAAACAGAAUUUACGGCAGGUACCAGCUUCUUCGGGAACUUAAACACUUUGUUGAAGCGAUGUAGUAUUUUCUGGAAAGGCGGCGACACGAUCCUUCGUGAGAAAGAGACAAUCGCUUAUAAAGAAAAGAUGAAGAAAUGGAAAGCAUCUUUGCUCGUAAAACCAGCGAUUCUUACUUCAGAAAUGACACUAGAACCCAUUUCUGCUGCAGUAGCUCAUGUCGAUCCCAAAAAAGAUAAAACAAUUUACGACGCACUUAAGGAUCUUUUGGGAGGUGAAUUUAAAGUUCUUGAAGAGAAGGAGGAACAGAAACGUGCAACGGAAGCACGUGCCAAUAAAAUCGGCGAGGCAACUAGAAGAAAAGAAACUGUUCAAGAUCCAAAUGAAAGCGAAGGUGCAUGUUUUCCCUCAAGCUCCGUGGUUAAUGUCCGGAACCUGAAAGACGGCGCAGUAAAACAAAAAAAAAUGGUGAAACUCGAAGUGGGCGAUAAGGUUAUGGGUUGGGAUGAGAAACGUAAUCGAGCUAUUUUUACAGAAAUAAUCAUGUUUGCGCAUCGUGCAUCGGGUGUUAUGGAUGUGCAGUACUUGAAAAUUGCCCUCGAAGAUGGAAACAAAAUCACUCUAAGCGGUAACCAUUUGGUUAUGGUUGGAAAGCACAAGAAGGCAAUCCUAGCCCGAAAGGUGAAACGGGGAGAGAUCCUGUUCACAGUCGAUGAAAACCGGAAAAUUUCACCUAAAAAAGUUUUGGCAGUUGACAAAGUGAUCGAGCAAGGCGUCUUCUGUCCAAUCACCGUACAUGGAAACCUGAUUGUCGAUAACGUGCUGGCGAGCUGCUAUGCAUCCGUCCAAGACCAUGUUUUCCUCGAAGGUCUCGUAAAGAUCUCAGCUCAGAGCAUAGCUCAUUUUGGCCUCGUGCCAAUGCGAGCUCUCCACAAGCUUCGAUUAAAAUGGUGGAGAAAAAUUCCAAAUGGCCAAACCAUACACCCCUACCUGCAUUGGUUAUGCAAAUUCAAGCUGCCAUUCAUGGCAAAUUAA